CUCUGGUCUCUUGCUCUCGAGCCGCCGGAGGGUCAACGCCCCUCUCGCGCUGUUAGAGCAGUGUUGUUUUGAUGAACGGAUUCGGCUUGCGGCCUGCAAAUUCCACGUUAUUCGCGAUUCACAGACAGAAGCUGCUUUCGAGUUUGCAAACACUCUUCCCGACACCAUCGUUUGCCAUGGGGAUUCCGCCGUGCAACGAGGAGGGCUGAGAGGAGACCGGGACCCAGGAGUCGAACUCAAGUUGGGCCACUGUUUCGCGAGCUCGCAAAUUUUGAAGCAAUUAAUACAGGCACGAUUUCCUGCUGAAUAAUCAUAUUAGGCUGAAAAUGUCUGGCUGGAUGUACAGGGGCCGCAGUCUCCGAUCGAACCAUUCAUCGUCCAUUCGAACCACGCUUAAUUCAGAUCGGCGUGACAGCGAGGAUGAAUACGUCCGUUUGGAUGUUACAAAAGAUCCAAAUGAAAUGACAACUGAAAUUUUGAGCAACAUUACGCGACGGCAAGGAAUCUCCGAAGCGAAAAAAUUUGGAUACCUAAACGCAUGUACCAAUUUUUUCACGAAGGAAAAUUUGGCUAAUUUAAACUACACAUUUGAUGAAAUACUAUGCUGCUUACGAGUCUCUUUGGUCCACGAAACGGCAAGAAUAAGAGCAACCGGAAUUCGAACAAUAAGACGUUUGAUCAAAGAUGAGCAGGACGUGGCUGCAAUAAUUAGACUGCGGUUACCCUAUCUAGUGGCUAGAAUAUUAGACUCUGAUAGUGAUGUUGAGCGAGUGCAAGCUCUCAGAUUUUGUCGGAGGAUCAUCAUGUGUGGGCCCAAUUUGUUUCCCAAAGAGUUGGCUCGGUCGUUGGUUUCGCUUGCCAACGGAGGAGCAGAAGAAAAAGACAAAAUCUUGCGAGUUUGUCUUGCAACCCUGGCAGAAUUAGCUGUGAUGUGCCCUGACCCAUUCAUCUCUUGCGGUGGUGUGGCAUCAAUGAGCCGAAAUCUCAUUGAGUCUCACUCCCCCAGGGUAACGGAAGUGUUGGUCGGCUCCCUGCUCUUCCUUUUGGUUCAUCCAAAGACCAGGAAGCAGGCUAAAAUUGACCUGACUGUGCUAUCGGCACCAUACUGCGACAUCCACUACCAACACUACGGCUGGACAUCUGGUGAAAAGAACAAGGAGGACCGAGACUCACGGAUCAGCAGCACCCACACCUCCAUCCUUUCUGUGUUACGCUCAUUCCCAGGCUUUCUCCAUUUCUGCGACCCCUCUGACGUGUCUAGUGGACUAAAGUCACUAGUCGACGUGCUCAGGUUCCAGCAUUUGGAGAGCAGGAAGAACGUCCUGGACCUUUUCAGUGAACUCUUGGGAGUGCCUGAAAUCUCCUGGACGGACGAAGCCAGUGUGGCGUUGUCAGACGUGGACCCGUCUAAGAUGCAGGACGCCUGGAAGCUGGCCGACGGCUUUGUGGCCUUGGAGGGCAAGGAAAUUCUGCCGAACCUCUCGGUAUUCAGGCCAAACUUGGUUGAAGUCCACAAGGCACUGCUGUUGCAGACUUUCAUUGAGGCCAACCUUUUGGAGGCGCUGAUUGAGGUUAUUGUAACUAGCGACUCCUUCAUCUCGCUCAGGGCUGCUAUUUUACUAGGCCAUGUACUGCUGUUGAACCACAAUCUCUUGCCGACGGGUUGCGCCCUGCCGAGUCUACCAACACUGGUGGCCUAUGCAAGUGGCUCAAGUGGUGCCUGUUCUCAGCAGCGCUCUCUCUCCGCUCUCAACGUCAUCUCAAGACUGAAUUCCAUGAUGAAAAUGAGGCCCACCCCAUCGAGUUUUUUUCUGCAACAACUCAUGCAUUUUUCUGGUAAACUCAAAAUCGAGUUAGUCGCUGGCCAAAUUGUUCCUAAGUCAGCUGUUCUUCUUAUGGUGUCCAAAGACAUUGAAGACUCGAUUAAAAAGUCUGCAGUGUUAGCAAAUAAGGAUCCCUUCUUCUGGAACUGGAAUGUAGUGUUGACAAUUCUAAGGAGUCGAAACAAUUCAUUGAUGAAACUGGAGGAUUCAAAUUUCAAGCUAUUUGCUCGAAGAUUGGUAGAGUUUUUCAGGCCCAGCAACAACAGAUUCAGUCAAAUUAAACUAGGUCACUCCCAUUCCCACCUCUACACUCUGGUGGCCUGUGAGCUUGUGGAAUAUUUGGUCGAAGCAGAUGAAGGAGAGGCAAGCCGAAUUUUGACUGAUUUGAUGGCUGACAUUGGAGAACACAUUCAAGCCAUCUUGAAGGCUGAAAGUGCACAUGAUGUUCUUUUUAGUCCCCACAACGUGACUCAUUCAAUGUGCCAAGUGUAUUUCCUUGUGAUUGGAAGAUUAAGCCAUUUCAGCAAAGGCACAAAAAUUUUGGAGUCAACAAACAUUUUCAAAAAUCUAAUGACGUUGGUAGUUGAUACCAAACAUGAUUGCUAUGUGAAGCUUAUUGUAUCAAGCUUGGAUUACACCCACGAUGGAAUGCCAAGACAAAUUCUAGGAAAAGUCCUUAAGUCACCGUUGGAAUCAUCUCGAAUUUAUGCCACCAAAUUUUUCCUGCUUCUUGUUCGAUCUCAUGUUGCUGACUUUGAACUUUGGGGCAUUGAGCUACUCGUCAUGCAACUUUAUGACUCCAGUACUCAAGUUUCUUUGGCUGCCUCAGACAUUCUGGAUGAAGCCUGUGAUUACAAGCCUUAUAUGGAAGCGUUAGUACAGCUGAGACCCACUUUGUUACAACUAGGAGAUAGAGGAAGGCUCUUGCUAAUCCGCUUUCUCUCCACCCAAACUGGGUUUUCAUACUUGAAUGAUGCCAACUUUGUCCAGAAUGAGCUUCACUUGUGGAAGAACACGUUUAAUGAAAAGUAUGUGCGGAUUGUUGAAGCUAACCUUCACGAGGCGCUUACAAUGCACCAGAAGAACGAAGAGGGUUCUUAUACUGGAAGACUGAGCAACGCGAAAAAUGUCAUCAAAAACUCCUACUUAGCACCUCACUUAUAUGGACAGUUGGUUCAACACAAGGAUGGCCUUGAGCUUCUUUCUCAAGACAUGAACCUGCUUAGAAAAUAUUUUGAGAUUAUUGAUAUUGGACUUGUCAACACGGAAGAGGAUGUAACCAACCUAAAGACUGUGAUUUGGGCACUGAGCCACAUAUCCUCAUCGACUGGAGGAAUACAACUACUGGAGUCGUUAAACGAACCAAUACCAUUGGCUGAAAGCCUCGUCAACCUUGCAACAGGAUGUCCUCAUUACGGCGUUCGAGCUGCGGCGUUUUACGCCUGCUCCCUUCUGGCCACUACUGAUCUGGGCUCAUGUCAUUUAGAAUAUUCAGGAUGGAUUACAGUUCGCCACGCCCGUAACGACAAAUUUCCUGUUAUAAAAGUGCCAGACUUGUCGCCCCUAGAACCGGAAGACAAAAUUCUCCCUGAUGACACCGGCAUUUGGUUUGAGUUGCCUGAUAACAGGCGAAAGCGCUCCACUAGUCACUGUUCUUCGUCCGCAAGCGCUGGAUAUGUUGUUCCCUUUGACGGAGAACUGGAGUGUGUGAUUAACCCAUUAAUGGUGCAGAGCACCGCGUCUGCCAAUGCAUCUCCGUCCAGGAUUAAUGGUAUCAGCACUGUGAUUCCUCCGCUUUUGUCUCUGACAUCAACACGGUCUCAAACGUUGCCACUUUCAAAACCUGGAAAGUACCAACAGCACCACAAGAGAAGCUACAGUGAGUCGAAGAGCGAUUUUGCCAUGAUGGGAGAGUCGCCCAAAAUCAAGGAGCCUUUUAAAAAGCCAGAAAGAAGUCCCAGGAUUAGAAGCAUAUCUGUGAACUCAGGAUCAAUACCUCCUGAAUUUGUCAUUGAAGAUGAGUCAAAGCAAAGUAACUUGGAAGUCACUUUGGGUUCGUCACCAAUUGGAUCUAUUAAUGAAUCAGCAAAGGAAGUGCUGUCAAGCAGUUGGCAGGAUGUUAAAGGAUUUGCAGCACUUAGAUCGCUUCCGAAUCGAAUGGGAGACAUAUAUGAAACCGCAAGUGAUGAGACAAAACUGUCAGUCAGACUGUUGAAACCGUUUGGCUCCACUGACUCCGAUAUGCCUCUACGGAGGGCUCCGUCAUCUCUGAACUCCAUUUGCAGGCUUCCAAAACUUAUCAAUGUCCAGUACUCAACUGAGUCUUGUUACAAAGGAAUUGCUUUGCCAGCCAAUAUCUGUGAUAUGUUCAAAAAUGAACAGUCAAUUUACAUUACCCGGAUGAUGAAAAAGAGGAAGGACCGCGAUUCAUUCUGCGAAUUGGAGGAGGUUCCUGAAGCAGGCGAUUUCAACGGUCGAGAGAGUCCUUAUUCAGACAGUGAGGGUUCAUUUGAUGGAGUCAUAUUGCAUGACCCCACAAAGUGCAUUUCGUGCUCCUUUCGCACACAAAAUCCAAGAACUCCAAUCAGAACGGGAAAGAUCUCAACAAGCUCCCGACACACCCGAACAGACACUGAAAGCAGUGAAGAAUUUCGCAUAGAAAGUUUUACUCUAAAUUCCGCCACCUUGGAGACCGCUACGCUUAACAGCAAUUUUAGUAUCAGCAACUUUGAGCUUGAUAUGAGUCAGAUCAAAGGGGAAGAAAACGCAAUCCUGAGCAGGUGCGCUGUGAAAAAUGAAAUCCUCAAACACGCAGAGAGGCUAAGCAAUCCAAUUUGGUUCAAGUCAUCAAAAACAGCUCUUUUACAGCUUAAGCAAAGAUGUCCUCAAGUAUUUCAAGACCUGUGCCUCUACUCUGACAUUUGUAGUUUGUUAGAAACGUCCAGCUACAGACUUUCAGCUCGGAAAAGUGUUCAAGAACUUUUUUACGAUUGCUCUUUUGAAGAGCUUUAUGAUGAACCUACUAACAUCCUUAAAUCCAGAGAUCCCAAUGCUACUACCUCGAAUCUUGUUUUUUCUCCGCCCAGCGUUUUACUUGAAGAAACACCCACAUCAAUUCCAACUAUCCAUGAGUAAAGCAACAAAUUAUGUUAAAUGUUAUACUUAAUAAAUCAUUGUAUUUUCGCUUUUGAACUGCGCAACAAAAAAUUGUUUAAAUAAAGUCAAAACGUAACAAUAUA